GUACGCAGGGACAGUAGAGUAGAGCUGUAUGUGCAGACAUAGCUCUGUGUGUGAGUGUAUAUACAAUAUAUACAAUACGUAGAUGGUGAUGUAAACAUUGAAUUUUUGAAAACUAAAGCAAGUGUUGAUGUACAGCAAGAAGACAAGAUAGACGCAAAGACACAUAACUCUUGAUAAAGCCGUGACAGAAGAUGGCAAACCUCAUUAUUCGUAGUGUCCUUGUAAAUGGUUCCAGCAGGGGAAUCGGCUUGGAACUGGUAAAGGCAUUUCUUUCCAAACAGGGCCCACCAGUUCAGUCCAUCUUCGCAGCAUGCCGGAAUCCAGACUCAGCUCAGGAACUAAAAUCUCUAUCCUCAAAACACUCAAACCUUGCUACGGUCAGACUUGAUGUAACCAAUCCAACAAGCAUUGAAGAAGCCUUCAGUGAUAUUACAGAAAGACUGAAUGGACGGGGAUUGAAUUUGCUGAUAAACAAUGCUGGAAUUGCAGUCUUUCACUCACUGUAUGAAGGCACAGCAGAAGACAUGAUGGAAAUGUAUAAAACUAAUACAAUUGGACCAAUGCUGGUUACUCAGGCAUUCUUUCCUUUGCUCAAGAAAGCUGCUCAGGAAAAUCCUAAUGAAGUCAAGAGCUGCAGCAAGGCUGCUGUGAUAAACAUAUCCAGUGGCGCUGCGUCUAUAGAGAGAACACCACUUGAAUUCUCUGUACAGCCUCUUUUUGAAUACCGCUGCAGUAAGGCUGCACUGAACAUGUUAACACGUUGUCAAGCUGAGGCCUACAAAACAGAUGGGGUCAUUGCUGUGACAGUUGCUCCUGGCUGGGUUCAAACAGAUAUGGGAGGACCUAAGGCUCCCCUGAAACCAUAUGACAGUGUGGGUAGUAUGAUGAAAGUGUUCGACACCCUAACCGAAAAACAUAAUGGAAUGUUUCUGAAUUACAAAGGACAGACUCUACCAUGGUGACCUGGAGGAACAGUCAUAUUGGGCAACUUUCAUGGAAGACAAACAAGGGAAUGUACCUUUUUUUUGCUUUUUCGUUCAGUUACAAGUAUAAAACAUUUACAGCAUGAUGACUUCACCUGGCUGGUUAGUGAAAAUUAGAGUUAAUCAAGCAGACCAUAAUUACAAACAUAAGUAAGCACGAUCUAACUUCAUGCGCAAACACUCAUCUACUUUACAGCAGAUCUAAUGGUAAACAAAAUACCCUUCCUAUACUGGUCCUUAAAAGUAAAAAAAAUAAAAAGCAAAAAGAGAUGCUUAGACUUUUUGUCACAUGACCUCUUAUAAAGGGGAGGAUCAGCCGAUCUAUAUUCUGAUUUUCCUCAUCAGCAUAAUUCACCAACAU